AUGCAAUCAUCCACGCUGACUUAUCUGUCCAUUUUUAAAACAAGGCCAAGCCAUGCCCCCAACUACACCUUCACCUCCACCAAAGAGGAACGACUUAUACAUGACCCCUUAAACUGUAAAUCCAAAAGCCUUAUCUAUCUCAUUGAAUGCAAAAAAUGCGGCAAACAGUACAUUGGGGAGACCAAGCGCCAUCUCCACCAAAGCUUUGGGGAUCAUCGCCGCUCCAUUCUCAACCGUAGCCACUUUCCUAAAAAAUCCUUCUCCUGUUUACGAACAUUCCAAUCAAGCGCCAAUCGCUCUAUCGACGAAGUCCUUCUUAUUCCCUUAGAACUAAUCCGUAGCAACCGGGACUCUGUCAGAAAGGCACGCGAGACACACCUCAUUGACAAAGCUAUGACUUUAGAACCCCGUGAUAUAAAUAGACGUGAUGAACUCAAUUAG